CCGCGACUGCGUGAGCAGCCGCAGCACUACUAAGAGCGGACAGCGGACUAUGGAGGUGGAGGCCAUCCGAGUUCCCUUCGAAGCUUCUCGAGGAUAGGUACGCGGAAGAUAGCUUCGUCGUCACCAUUGCGGCAUCGUAAAAGGUACCAGCACUCUGGGAUCCUUGUCGAUGUGUGAUUAUUCUCUUGUGUUUGAUUCGCUCCCGUCUCUCUUCAUUCGGAGUCUGUUGAUUGUGUCGUGACCCGGGAGCUCUGAUUCCCCAUCCGAUUUGUUUGUUCUCGCUUUAUUUUUAGUUUUGUCUUGUGCUCGGUGGGUUUGAUCCUCACCAAUAUUUUCCUCGUGUUCAUUUGUUCAUGGAUCCACAAAUAACCGAUCCCAGAGAACCAAUUUGGUGCGAAAUUGAAAAUCAGAAAGGAAGAAAAACCCUGAAUCAGGGUAAGGAGGUCUGGAAGAAUUUCAAAAUCAAACACCUACCGAUUGAACUGAAAUGGUCUGAUUGGGUACCUACCAGGGAUAUUAAGUGCAGAGAUAUCAGAGAGAAGGAACCUGGAGUAUACGUUCCUGCGUGGUUAACACCACCUAGAAAAAAAAGUAAAAAUAGAGUUGAGGUGAUUUCUGGGAAAUACAGGGGGGGUGAAGCAAAAAAACCUGAACCAGGUCACUUUAAUUCGCAUCACCCACCCGAGUUGGCAAAAGGUGCCCAGCCCCUUCAUACGAGUGAGACAAACCCUAAGUCUCCCACUCUCUCACAUCUCAGCCGCUUCGUCGGCCAUUUCUGGGGGAAACCGCGAAGAUCCUUUGCAAGUGUGGUAAAAAACCCCCGCGCGCCCACCACGGUGGUGAAGAUGCAACCUAGAGGAGCCGGGAGGCGGGGAGGUGUUGCCUCUCGAGGUACUGGUCGCAGAUCGGCGCGGGAGAAUGUGUGGAGAAGGGUGGAAGAAGGCUCAUCAAGCGCUCACAGACAGGAAGCUGACCCGACAGAUGAAGAGAAGAUGAAGGGAGAAGAACCCCAUCAGCAGAACCCUUGGGAACAGCAGAGAAAAAGCCCCGAAGGAAAAAGCGGAAUAGAUUGGAGGCAUGUUGCUGAGGAUGAGGAUUUUAAAGAAGAGAAUAUCAAAAAAGAGGUACCUCGGAAACCCGCUGUUGAUAGGCCUCCAUGUGAUUUCUGUCAUCUAAAAAAUCACUUGACGAGAGAUUGUCGCCAUCGUUUUUCAUGUGAAACAUGUGGUGGUGAUGAUCAUACUGUUUUUUAUUGUAAAAAAUGUUUACCCUGGAAUCUGGGUCCUGAGUUGUGUGCGGCUCAAGUUGAAGAUCAAAGUUUUUUUUAUAUUGAGGAAAGCAUUGAUACUAGAAUGAUAAGGGAGCGGUCUAGUACUGCGGUGAUCUCUGUGGUUCAAGGGACAGUUGGGGAAAAACAGAUUGAGCAGGAGUUUGUAAAUCUAGUUGGAAAAAACAUUUGGAGGUGGACUGCCAGAUCCAUUGGUGAAAACAAGUUUUUAAUGAGGUUUCCAGACCCUAAAAUGAUUAAAGACCUGGGAUACUUUAGGCCACUGGGGAUGCGAACGGCAAAAGCGCAAAUAACCAUCGAUCCUUGGUCUCCAGCUGUCAGUGCCAAAAGCUGUUUACAAAGAGGUUGGUUUAGAAUCAGAGGUAUCCCAAUUGAGCAGAGAUCUAUCAAAACCAUUGCUAAAGUGGGUGGAUUAGUGGGAAAGGUAGUUGAAAUUGAUGAAAAAACCCGUGUGAGAAAUGAAUAUGUAAGGGUAAGGAUUGCCUGCAGAGAUGUCAGUAUUGUUCCAUGCACAGUUGAGAGUUCCUUGGGUCUCUUUAUAUAUGAUUUUCACUUUGAAAGGGAAAUUCAGGAAGAGGACCCCCAUGACAAUCGUGGUAGUGGCAUCAAAAUUGAUGAUCAAGAUCAGAAUAAUGCUAAGAGAACAAAGUUUGAAGGAAACCCCUGGAGUGAAGGGAAAAACAAAGGCAAGACUCAAGAAGGGUAUAACAAUAAUCAGCAAAAAGGAAAAAAUGACCAGCCCAUGCAGCAUAGAUAUAUGAAGGCUCCCCCUGCUCCACCAGCUGAGAAAAACAUGUGGAAUCUGAAUAAAGGAAAAGAUAUCAUCCAAGAUAUUUCAACUGAAGAGAAUUUGACUAAAGAAGGAAGAGUUCAAAUUACAGACAGUGAAGAAGAGGAUACAAGUGACCUUUUAGGGGAGGAAUUGUUUGCUGCAGGUAUGAACAUUGGAAUGUAUGAUACACAUAAAAAAUGGGAUACUGGUGAAAAGGAUGAAGAUGCAAAUGAGAGGGCAACUUAUGAUAAAAAAGAAACCACAAAAAAGGGCAACGUGGUCAUUGAAGAAAUAGUGGAUGAAUUUAAAGAUGAAGAAGAAAAGAAUGAAAUUCUGGUAAGCACUCAGGAUAGUGGGAUCAUGCUUGGAUCACAAGAAGAGGUUGAUCAGAAAGAAGAAGCUGAGAAGGAUAUGAUGAAUCCUAAAAACAAAAAGCAUGCUGAAGAAAAGAUGUGUACUAAAAAAGAAGAUAGAAGGGUUAGUGAAAGACUUAAGAAGGACGCAGGAAUCAGAAUCGAGGAGAAGAACAGAAGAAUAGCUGCUAAAAGGAAUUUGGAAGGGCUUAGCAAGAAAGAGCUCCAGGACCUUCUGCAAGAGGGCGCCAAGAUGCUGGUGCGUGCUGCAAGUGCUAGAGGAAAUCGGAUCCUCGGGUCGGGCGAUGAGAUGGAAGGGAUGCUGCAGCCACACGGGCGUUGAGUCAUGACGUGACUGCUCGCCUGGUGUUAGCUUUGUCAGGAACUCGCUCUAUUUUGCUGCCGUCUGUUAUGUCGUAUGGUCUGGUACUUGUGUGAUGUAAAACUCUAAACUCGUCGGUUGGCAUGUUGCCUGGUAGGGGACCCGGCUGUUCUGAGUCAUCCGAAGCGGAUUGGCUCGUCAGCGCUUCUGUUUGCGGGUUCUUCCUGUUAUUUUGCGUUGGUAGUGUGGAAACUAUCUGAACCACUUUGUAUUUCUGUUAUGACAAUAAUAGAAAUGGGGUCCUCCUCUCGUCAAAAAAAAAAAAAAAAA